AUGGUGGCCGCACCGAAGCAGGGCGCUGCGCUGCCAGCGGGACGUCCGCCCGCGGACCAGCGGCACUUCGUCAGUCCUGCGGUGGACAAGACCAUCGCCGACUUCAGCCAGCGAAUGGUGGACAAGGACCUGGCGACCCUGUUCUCGAACUGCUUGCCCAACACGCUGGACACCACCGUGUUCUUCACCAACGACUCGUCCACCAUCACCAAGAAGAUUGAUACGUUCGUGGUCACGGGCGACAUUGACGCCAUGUGGCUGCGAGACUCAACCAAUCAGGUGCUGCCCUAUCUGAACUUUGUGGGCCAGGACGCGGGGAUCAGGGACAUGCUCCACGGCGUCAUCAGCAGACAGACCUUUUCGGUGCUCUUGGACGCCUACGCGAACGCGUUCAACCACGACCUCUCCAUGCCCUCCCCCUGGAUGUCCGACUCGACCACCAAGCCCGGCUUUCUCGGCACCACCCUGGACGCCAUGACCCUCUACCUGCACGAGCGCAAGUACGAGCUCGAUUCCCUCUGCGCUGUGAUGAAGCUCUCCACGCAGUACUAUAACCUCACAAAGGACGCAACGCCGUUCAACGCUGAGUGGCUCAAGGCCAUGGGCACCAUCGUGACCAUCAUCACCGAAAUGCAGGAGGGAUCGGACGAAGAGCCGUCGCCGCCUCGUUACUUCUUCCAGCGGACCACGCAGCAGCCAACCGAUACCCUCAUGCAUGGCAAGGGUGCCCCGGCGCGUAGGACUGGCAUGAGCAAGAGUCCGUUCCGGCCGUCGGACGACGCUUCCACUUACCUCUUCCCGAUUGCGGCCAAUGCGAUGGCCGUGGUGUCUCUGCGGGACCUGUCGUCGAUGCUGCGCUCGCUGAACGUCGCGCCCGAGCUCGCGGACAGAGCGCAGAAGCUGAGCGCCGAGAUCAACACGGCCAUCUACACGCACGGAGUCGUGAGCCACCCCACGUACGGCAAAAUGUUUGCCUAUGAGGUGGACGGUUUCGGGAAUGCGUACCUGAUGGACGACGCCAACGUGCCCUCGCUGCUGUCGCUUCCCUACUUGGGCUUCUGCUCGGCCUCCGAUCCCAUCUACCAAAACACGCGCCGCUUCGUGCUGUCAACCGAUAACCCCUACUACUUCACCUCUUCCCUCGGACCCCUGGCCGGAGGCAUUGGUGGACCGCACAUUGGGCGCGGUUACAUUUGGCCCAUGUCCAUCAUCAUGCGGGGACUCACAAGCACGAGUGACGACGAGAUCAAGGAUUGCCUGGAGAUGCUCAAGACGACCACUGCAGGCACCGGUUUCAUGCACGAGAGCUUUUGGAAGGAUGAUGCCAGCACAUUCACGCGAGCCUGGUUCGCCUGGGCCAAUUCGCUCUUUGGCGAGUUCAUCCUCACCGUGGCUCAGCAGAGGCCACACCUCAUCUUUCGCCCGUGA